GGGGUGCUUUUCACGCUACUUAUGAUGAUUGAAGACGUUGACUAAUACAUUCACGCAAGGAGAGCAACGUUGCUGCUGCUUUUUGUUUUGUUUUGUGUGUAUCUACACCGACUCUCAUCCUUUAUACACCUGGAUCUCUUCGUAUACAACUUUGUUUUCGUGCUUUUCACAGCACCAUACACACUAGUUUCUUUUUCUUUUACUGGCGCCAUGUACGACACCGGCACGCAAACGCUCGCAUCCUCUGUACCUCUCUGCUUUGUUUACUAAAAGCGAGCUCUUUUUCUACUGGACUCUUGACGCACUCUCAACUAGUUGCCGGUUCCAGUAAGUCAAAACAAUACAAUGCACUGACAAGUAAUCGUUUGUGAUUAUUAUUAUUAUUUCUUUGUAGUCGCGGUUUCAACAGCUUUUCUGAUUUCGUCUGCUUUCACCGCCACCACCUUAGACCAGCACCAUCAAAAGAAAGGUGACAUAGGGUCACAUCCCCCCCCCCCCGGCUUUGGUAUUUUCAAUUUGCACUAUCCCAUCUCUCCAUCACCCAAUGGGAGGCGUACUCGGUGGAAUGGUGGAGACGUGUUCCCUACACCCCCAAUGGGAGGCAACAGACUUCGCCCCGCUGCCAGCAAUACGAGACACUUCUUAUCCUGCGGGUGUGAUGGGAGUGGAAAGGAAGAAAACUGUCGCAACGUACCUGCGUGACUGCCUUCAGCUACUGAACGAGAAGCUCCUGGCAGAUAAACUUCUGCAGUGGAGGGUACCAACGUCCGUUUUGCUCUGCGCGACUUUCGCUGCGGCGGAAUCCGACGCUGCCUGGACCUCCUUUGCGAGCUGCCGCUCUGCCCUUGGAGGCCGUCUGCACUCACUUUCACUUUGCGGUCACGGCGAGAUAGAUGCCGAGGCAGUUCAGGCGUUGCGACCAACGCGGAAGCGUGCCUCUCUGUUGUGGUCUCCCGAGCUUGCAUCGGUGCGGGCAAGUCUUUGCGUGCUCGACCUGAGCGGGUCCACCUUGGGCGAUGGCGGCGUGCUUGUGUUGAUGGAGCUACUUUUUCCCACUGCAGCUGAUCGAAGACGAAGUGUGGCGGCACCCUCGACGAGUCGUGCGUCUUCCAAGGCCGCAGCACCGGCACAACAGCAGAGUGACGCGAAGAGCAGCCCCGAACCCGCCCGAGGUGUUGCGGCGGGACACAAUAGCGAUUCGCUCCUACCGAGCCUGCAGGUGCUGGUGCUCGACGCCGUCGGACUUUCCGAUGCUGGAGUCGAAGGCCUUUGUGCGCAUCUGGAGUCCUUGCUUCACCUUCACAUGUGCGACAGCAACUGCGCCGCUUCCUCGGCCGACGCCGGUGCCGUGUUGGCGCAGCUUUCUCUUCGGCGCAACGAUCUUUCCUGUCGAGGUGUGAUGCGUGUUCUUUCCGCGACGCUUCCGCUGCCCCAGAACAGCAAAACGCCUUCCUUCGUCUCUCAUCAACGUGCGCUGACGGCCAUUGGCAACGUGGACGUGUCGUGGAACUCGUGUGUGCCACGCUCGCUCCACAACGACGCCGAGACAAAACGCGGCUGCUUUACUGCAUUUGGAGCUGCGCUGGUAGCGUCGCGUUUUCCACCUCCGUCAUCAUCAGAGAGCUGUAAUGGAUCAUCUCUGCUGCUGCGUGGCUGCAGCGUCGACGACGCUGGCAUGCACGCACUGUGGGUAGAAGGGACGCUGUCCGCGUAUUUGGAUCGCUUUCGCGAUGCGGGAAAAGCCGAGCUGCUGCGCACCGCCGACUUCACUUUUCAAGCCCAGCCCAAAUCAAGGGUUGGGGUGACGCCCUGCACUCUGUGGACGAGCGUCACGCGCAUCGACCUGAGUCACAACGCAGCCAUGGGGAGCGGCGGUAUCCUUCACUUUCUCCACACUCUGCUUUCCCUCGAAGCAGCACGAACAGCGACAACGUCCGCGCAUCAUCCGGAGGGUCUGGUGCCGCAUCCCUUGUCGUCCUUGGAGGAACUCGCUCUGCGUAAUGUGGGCUGCAACGAUGCCGCCUUGCAAGAUGUGGUGCGUCUCCUGCUGGGCGAUGAUCGCAUCGCUUCUGCCGUCAUCGCUCGAGUACACGAGAGCUCUCCACCGGUUUUGGGUGCGGGGAAAGGUGCUCAGUCCAGUGAAGAUGGCCUUUCCGUAGCCUUGCGUAAGGAGGCGCACGCACUGGCGGGCCUUCGAGCGCAGGAGAGUGGCCGUACCGAAGGAUCCGGCCUUCCCCACUCGCAGGAACCGCCAAACUCAACAGAGGACGCAGAGCGGAAGUGGGAGCCUUUCGUUUUUCUUCCGCACCUUCAGCUGUUGGAUCUUUCGCAGAAUUGUUUUACAUCCCACGCCCUGGUGGCCACCGUCAUGACAAGCGCCAUGAUACGCUCCCGACACUACCGUGCGGCGCCAGAGACAGCUGUGAAGAAAUCCGCAGUGCCGACCUCUGCCACUCCCGACGGCGAUCACGGGUUUAGCUUCACGCUGGUCUUGGAACACUGCGGGGUGUCCGAUGCGGUUCUCGACGCUGUCCCGCUAGCGCUCGAAAGCACCAGAGAUGCCUUUGCACGCACGCAUCGGACGUUGGCGGAGGCGGAGGCUUUCACAGCGCAAAAGACCACAUCACGGCAGGACUCCGCGGUAUGCGCACUCUUCCUCGGCGACAACACGUUCACGCACCACGCCGCUACUCGUCUGCGUCUUUGGGCCCAUCAAGAACACGCACGAGGUACGACCUCGUCGCAGAAGACGGCGAUACGGAUCGGCAUCGUGGUCGCCUACGUGGAGGGCAACGCGGUGGUGCACACCAGCGUCUUCGAUGGUGCUGAUAGUGCAGCUACUGGAGCUAAGGGGAGCACCUCUGAAGAAGCAUUCGAGAAUGGCCUGUCUGUUGUGAUACCGACCGAGGGCGCGUCUCUGUUUCCUGUUAGCCUGCGUCUCUUCCUCCGGGAAGCGGCGUCGCAUGUGAGUUGGAGCAAUCUCCCCUUUCUGCCUCACUUCUCGAAUUCCUCCUCACUGCAUGAGCGUCACGCGCCGCGGGGGCAGCAGCGGCAGUCACCACGUCAUGAUCGCGAACGAACGCAUUUUACGGUACAGACAACCCGCCGUUCUGAAUCACCGCAACCCGUCUCCCCGCCGCCUCCGCCGCUCUCCAACGCAAAUACCACUCCACCUGACCGCUGGUCUGCUGCGGCUGUGAAGGCGGCGAGUCCUGCGAAGACCGUGGUCACAGAUAGUUCGAUUGAUGAGUUCAUCGCAGAAGCGGAGCAGAUCAUGUCUGAACGGGCGCAUCUGGUGAGACACACACACAACGGAAGUGUUGUCGCUGAUGUGCUUUCUCAGCUCCCUUCGGCGACUCCGGAAAAUGAAGCGUAA